UAGUUUGGCUAGUUGAAUGGGGUAAACCCAGGUGAAGAAAAUUCCAAGCAGACUAGCUUGGACCCAGGAAAAUGCUCUGAAGGAGUAACAAUAACAGCAGCUAGAAGCAGCUCUGUGAUUUCAUUUUACAGAACAAUGGAAGAAAAGAUCAGUGGGAACCAACUGACGGAUGAAAGCCCUCAGUCUCUAGAGGAACUAAAAUACUGCUUCAAUGACAAAGGAGAGUUGAGACAUAUACACACAAGUAAGCCAUAUGUUUUCAACUAUUUCACAAAUGAACUUAACAGAAACCACCAGAGGUAUCAAGUUUUGGGUGGACUUAUUACUCAGCAUGUCUAUAGGCUCCUGCAGGAAGACUGUAAACUGAAAAGAGUUUGUAUUCCAGUGAUCUCAGAAACAGGGCAGGCAAGGAGCUUCUUCUUCAUGAGUGAGAAUGCACUAGUAAGCACUUCAAGUCUAACUGUUCUUCUUCAAGAUCAUGGGGUGAUACGAGCUGGCCAGUGGAGCCUGAAGACGAUCGUCCAUGGUUGUCUAAAUCACGGUACACAAAUUCCAUAUAUUCAAAAAGUGCUGAGUGAGUGUGGUGAAAUUAUUGUAUUAAAUCCCAAUGAGAAUUUAUCUGAGAUAAGUACAGAUUCAGCUGAAGCAAAAAGCUAUUCUGUAUCAAAUGAUGAGCCUUUUGACAAUGAAAGUAAGCUGCAUGACAGAGUUAAAAACAAAAGCUUGUGUGUCUCCGCUCAUUGUAGCAGCACACCAGAAGAGCACACUGUUUAUGUCUGGGAUCAUUUCAUAUCUAAAUGUGCUGCUAAGAAUGUUGCCUUCAUAGCUCAUGGGUAUGGUGGACUGGUGUUUGUUGAACUUUUGAUCCAGCGCAAGCAGGAAGUAAUGGAUAGAGUGUUUGCAGUGGCAUUCAUUGACUCCCUGCACAAUGCACAGCAUCAGGGAGCUGACAAUGAAAUCCUUGCCUGGAUAGAAAAACACUGCCAAAACUGGGUGCUGAGUCCAGAACCUGUGGACAGAGUGGUCAGCACCUUGAAAGUAGAUUGUCGUCGGGUUUCUGCUGGAACAGAAAACCACGAGUUAGCUCCAUGGAUUUGCUUUCAGCCUGUCUUCAAAUUUUUCAACAGGACUUUAAAGGCAAAAGAAGCAAUGCUGUCUCGUGUUCCUGUUGUAACAAGAAGUUCUACUAGAAAAAGUAUGUCCCAGCAUUAGCUGUGGCUUUCUGAAAAGAAACAUAUUGUGCAGAAAAGUGGACAUAAGCAGCUCUGGACAGACGGUACAAACGCCCCCCCCCCCUUUCAUGUAUUGGUUGUAUAUGUUGGUAAUACAGAAAUAGUCAUGGAAGGAGUAAGAGUGUAAAAUAAAAAUGUGAAAAUUACUGUAUAAAGAGGUAGUUUUCUUUAAACCCUGUGAAUACUGAUAGAUGUAUGAAAAUAAUCAGAAGAAGCUUUUUGUGCUCUGGGUAUAGAUGAAAACAUUUUCACAUUCUUGGUACUCAACAUACACUAUGAUCCACACCCCCUGCUCAUGCAUAGUAAUAUCUUCUUGUCUGCAUGCAAAGUUUUAUGUGCCUGCUGAUUUGUAGGCCACACCUGUGACUUUUUGUUAUAAACUCCUGAGUCACUUACUGCAUGAAUAUUUUUCUCAACAUCAAAAUGUUAAGAAAUGCUUUGUUUUAGUCUUAUUAAGCUGGUAGUGAUAUGUGCAACUGUGAUUGACUUCAGGUUACAUGUAGCUGCUGACAGUUUUAGGGAUUUAGCUGCAGUAUUUAACAAGCUGAUUGUCUGUCUUUACUGAGUAAGAAGAAGAAUGAAGAUAAACCGAUUUUUUUUUCUUUUCCUGACUGCAUUUGCAAUUAUAUUUACAAGUGGUUCUAAGGAAUGUUUUCAAUCACACAUGCUAAAAAGGACUGCCAUCUUCAUUUUCAGAUUAAAAAAAAUUGUACUAA